GAGAGAAUUCAGCGACGAAUGCGUCUUCAACGAAACCAUCGAGCAAUCCAACUACAACAUUUACUCAUCGACGAAAUACUCAAACGAGAAAAGGACCUUCUACCUCGCCCUAAACCGAAGGGGCCAGUCGAAGAAAGUCGUGGUGAAGGCCCGCACCCAAUUAGGCAGACUGUCUUCCUAUACAAGGGUACUGACCAGGAAUGUUGCUCCAGAGCUGCAGUUGCACCCAAUGCGACACCACGCCCACCAGUGUCCUGGUACUGGCCAUCAGACCCAGAAGGUGAGGCCCCACACACAACGAUGUCCCAAGAAACGAAAACGGAAGAAGAAGAAGAGAAAAUGCGAUCCUGAGUUCGAAUUGUGCCACACGCCAGAAAAUCGGGGGCAACACAAGAGGCCGAACGCACCGAAAAAAGCGCAGACUCGAAAUAACAAAUGUGAUGACAGUAAAGACAGUGAAGUGUGCCAAAGAGACAUGUCUAGUAAAAAGAAACACAAACUAAACCAUAGUGAAAUAGUGAGUGAUAAGAAAAAGAAAAAUAAGAACAAGAAAGGUGUGAGGAGAAGGCUCGAGUUGGAGCAAGUUGAAGUGGAGUCAACCACCACAACGACUCAAUCGCCGACAUCCACAACCUCCAGUGACAUGGACGAAGACUAUGGAUUCGAUUUCUCCACGCAUCAUGAUUGGGAGGAGUCCACACCCUCCUAUAACGUAUCCACUGUAGUUCCCGAUGCUAACGUAACCGCACCUCCCCCCAAGUAGGACUACAACUUACCCCUCUGUUUUUAAUGACACGCGCAAGUUUCAGAUUGCUCUUCGGUCACAGAUUUUCUAGCACAAGUAGGAAAUAUUUUGUCGUGAAAGGUAGAAAUCCAUCCAUCAGAAGAAUCUGAUUUUUCACGACUCAGAAACGCACACUAAAGACAAGCAUUGAAGUAUCAUAAUUGUGUAUUUUGUGUAUCAUCUUUAUAUGUACAGGUUCUGUUUAUUAUAGGUUAGAAGCAGAAUUAGCGUUGCUACCAUACUCAUAUGAUAGCAUGAAGUUGAAUAUUCGAAAAUGGGUGGAUUUUGGACAAAAUUGCAAGAUCUGUGCUAUUAAAAUCAAUCAAGUACUAAAGUAAAACAAUUUGGUGAAAGUUUAAAUACGUAUGUUCUAAAAUAAUUAAAAGCAAUAAUUCCAUAGAUCGAUCAACUUAAAAUUUUACAUAUUUUCAAAAGGCUUAUAGACCCUGAUGGAAUCCACGACUGAUAAUUUUCAAUUUAUGAAAAUCCGUAUAAGAUGAAUUCGAUCAAUAUGACUCCUAUAAUACCUGAACAACUGUGAAAUGACAACUCCAAUAUUAGUAUUCUCAAAGCAAUCAUUAUUAUACCAAAUAUAUUUUACAAUCGGAAAUACUUGCUUGCUUGAAAUAAAAUAACUUGUGAUACACCUAGUAUAUAAAUUUGACCAGUUCUCUACUACUGUAUGUAGCCUUGCCCGUAGCAAUAAUCUCAGUGUACUUAUGAUCAAUAUCUUCGUAAUAAAAUUUUGGAAUGUGUUUUAUUUAUAUGAACUCGUAGAUUUAUCAGUAUAAUAGGUAUAAACAAAAUGCUUAAAAUUUAGUCCUAGCGUCAGGUAGAAAGUAGCUUCGAUCAUAUAUAUAUAUACGUGUAUGUAGUUUUUAUGAAUGAUAAAAGUAAUAAAGUUAUGUAAAAGGGGUUAUCUGAAGCUUGCCAGUUAUUCCUCUGACUUUUAGAGGCUUUCAGGGGAUAAGUUACAGACCUAAAUAAUUUGACUGACUGUUAACUCCUUUGUAUUAUUUAUUCCUUUAUUUAUUGUACGAAAAUGUAAAUAUCUAUCAGUAAGUCAAUAUACCUCACCACCAAUGAAUCGAUUUUUCUUUAUAUGUUUUUGUAGAAGCCACUUAAACCUCAUUCGUUCAUAACAUACUCAAAAAGGUCAGAAGAAACUGUCAGCAGAUCAGGAAAUACUCCGAAAACUCAGAUGACAUUCGAAGGGAAAUGUCAGAAGCACAGCUUAUGGCCUUACCUUAACACAUUGUCAGUUUCGGUAGGCAUAAUACAUCAUUCACUUUUCAAUUGCUUGGGCUGCCCAGUUUACUGUGUCGCAAUGAAAUUAUUCAUGAAAAUUGAUUCUGCUAAUAUUCACAUCACAUUAAUUGGUAUUCUGCACAAAUAAUAAAUUGUUGAUAAAGAUAUUUCACCAUUGUUUGAAAGUAGAAAAACAACAUUUUCUAUUAAAGAAACCCAAACUAUCGAAGUAAUAUUUUGAUGAAAACAAAUUAUGAUUGCGUAGAUACUUGAAAGCAGUGAAAUUAUGAAACAGAAUAAAAUCCCCGAAUGCUACCUCAUCAUGUGACGUAAAAAUUUGCAUACAUAAGCAGUUACUUAUAUAAAAGCGGAGCUGAAUGCAAAAACCAAAAAAUAGAUAGAAACGCUCAAACUUUAUGUUUUGGGUUGGGGGUUAGGGGUUAUAAAGGCUGGUGUAUAAUGUGCCUCAAUUCCUUGACGCUUAUAUAUUCAUACGCUUCCAACCCCGGUAAGUCUAAAAACCUAUUAGGCAUAUUUCACACAUUAUAUGUUUCCCCUUGAAACAUAAUGCUAGAGAAAUAUUUUCAACAUACGCGCCCUGGCGUUGCAACUCAACGAAUGUACAUGCAUAUACCGUGUAGCCAGGUUAGUCAUAGCAACGUUGCCAGAUUUGCGAUACAUUCGGUGAGAGGGAAAAUUUCUAGCAUCGCAACGUUGUCAAAUAGGUGCGAACUGCGAAUUAAUUUUAUAAGCUUGUUUGACUAACCUGUUCCAUUUAACUUUUUAAUAUUUAUGUUCGUAGCUUACUUUUUUCUCGC